AUGGAGGAUACAGCCAGUGGGAUACAACUGGGGAACGUGUCCAACAGUCUCCUAUGGAGAGUAAAGUGCCAUAUGGCCCCUUUCGCUGCAAGGCAAUCGGUAAAAUAUUGUGGCUAUCAGCACGUAGGGGGUCACCAUAUAUUGUGUUCCAAGGAGGUAUGCCGAUGGCAAGCUAUGGCGACCGACAUAGCAUCUCAGUUGUUCAUGGCAGUCAGCAAGUAGCAUUUGACUUCACUUCUAGGAUCAUUGACCAUUUGGUAAUUGCCAAUCCUGACCAUUCAGCUGAAUAUGAUGAUCCUCGUGCCAUUCUGGUACUUGCGGAAGAGGAACUGGUGGCCAUUGAUCUACAGACACCUGGCUGGCCAGUAAUACAGUGCCCUUACCUUGUGUCACUACACUGUUCAGCAAUCACCUGUUCCCAUCACAUCUCUUCUAUUCCACUGAAACUAUGGGAGAGGAUAAUCGGUGCAGGCAGGAAACAGAACACUCAUUACUCUAGCAUGCCUUGGCCAAUUGAUGGAGGCGUGGAUUUAGCCCCAGCUCCACCUCAAAGGGAUUUGCUGCUAACAGGGCAUGAAGAUGGUACUGUACGUUUCUGGGAUGCCUCCGGCGUUUGCCUCCAACUACUGUACAAGAUGAGUACAGUGGGAGUUUUUUCAGACUGACUCUGACCCCAACGACAACCUGAAUUCCCAUGGGGAGGAUGAAUGGCCCCCACUUAGGAAAGUUGGCUGUUUUGACCCAUACAGUGAUGAUCCUCGUCUUGGAAUUCAGAAAAUUUACAUGUGUAAAUUCAGUGGCUACUUAUCAGUUGCUGGAACUGCUGGACAGGUUCUUGUUCUGGAGCUAAAUGAUGAGGCUGCAUUGCAAGUGGUGGAUCAAACAGUAGUGGACUUGUUACAAGAACAGGAAGGCUAUCGUUGG